AUGUUUUACCAGAAAAUAAAAAUUGGUUUAGACCACCGAAAUUUUAUUUCCAAUGCUUCCAAAGUAUUUACUGAUUGUGUCUAUGAUGCUCCUGGAAAAUGUGUUGAGAAGUGCACGAAGCCAAAGGUAUUUUCUACAUGUGGAUCAGCAUGUCCUCCAACUUGUGACAAUCCUAACCCCAUUUGUACGCUUCAAUGUGUUAAAGGCUGUUUCUGUCCAAAAGGCACAUUGCUGAAUCGUUCUGGAGAAUGUGUCAAGAACUGUCCAGGUAGUGGGUCUACCCCUUCGUGCCCGAGUCCAAAGAUAUAUAACAAGGGUGGAUCAGCUCGUACUCCAACUUGUGCUAAUCCUAAACCAGAAGUCUGUACUGCUGUUUGUGUUGAAGGCUGUUUCUGUCCAGAAGGAACAUUGCUGAAUGGUUCAGGAGAAUGUGUGAAGAACUGUUCUAGUAGUGGAUCCAAUUCUUCAGGCAGUGCGUCCAGCGCUUCGAGCAGUGCAUCUAGCUCUUCAAGCAGUACUUCUAACCCUUCGUGCCCCAAUCCAAAGAUAUAUAACAAGUGUGGAUCAGCAUGUGCUCCAACUUGUGCUGCUCCUAAACCCGAAGCCUGUGCACAGGUUUGUGUUGAAGGCUGUUUCUGUCCAGAAGGCACAUUACUGAAUAGUUCUGGCGAAUGUGUUAAGAACUGUUCUAGCAAUGGAGACAACUCUUCGGACAGUAGUUCCAGCGCUUCGAGUAGUGCAUCUAGCUCUUCUAGCGGUGGGUCUGCUUCUAAUGAUGAUUCAAUCCAGAAAGUAUAAACGUGGAUCAUUAUGUCCCCAACUUGUGGUGAUCACAAUCCCAAUUGUAAGAAACAAUGUGUUGAGGGGACCUUCUGUCCAAAAGGAACAUUUAAAUAUGCUUCUGGAUAAUGUGUUAUGAAAUGUUAAUCAUAACAGUAAGAAUAGAAUAUAAAAUGUUGAAUAUCUGAAAUAUUGCUUGUAACAUUGAUGAUACCUCAAUAAAGAUCAUUUAAAUACAC